GCAGUCGCAGUUUUCAUAAACGCGUGUUUGUAAAAUUCCUUUGUAGUCGUCUCUCGGUGCUUCAAAAACGUGGUCGGAAAGUGAAAAGAAGUUUGUAAAUAAACCCAAUAAACCGUACACACGCUGUUCGGUGAGCUCUCCCGCACAGAGCGAUUCUGUAUCGAUUUGCCGUGUGAAGUAAGUAUUCGUGUGUAGUGGCAAUUUUCGUGAGCAGUCUCGUUCUUUUCACACGACAAAAAUGGCUGCUUCCAGUGAGACUAUACUGCAGGCGCUUCUUUUAGAUUAUCUUUCCCGGAAAGAUAAAACCUUAGCGGAAGUGUAUCAGAAGAAAUUCAAAUCGCCCGUUAUUGGAAAAGGAUCACCACGCUUGGAAGAUGUUGUAAAACUGUACCAGACUACAGGAACCAAGAAAAUCGCGAUUGCGAAACCAGCAGCAGAAUCCAGUUCUGAAGAUUCCUCAGAAGAAGAGGAAGAACAGACACCGAAAAAGCCAGCUGUGAAUGGAAAACCAGUAGCAAAUGGUAAAGCUGCAGCCAAUGGCGUCAAAAAGGAUUCAUCUAGCUCCGAGGACAGUUCUGAAGAGGAAAAACCUGUUCUAAAGAAGGCCCCUGUAAAAGCUACGCCGGCCAAAACGCCAGCUAAGGGCCCGGUGAAAGCCGCAAAAAAAGCAUCAAGCAGUGAAGAUUCCUCCUCCGAAGAAGAACAGAAAGCUCCUGCCAAAACUCCGGUAAAACCACAGGCCAAAACCCCUGCAAAGACACCAGUAAAACCCACGCCGGCUGCGACUAAGAAAUCGAGCAGCGAAGAUUCCUCGUCAGAGGAAGAAGCAACAGCUCCCGUCAAGACUCCAGUAAAAGCUACCCCAGCAAAGGCGGUACCAGCGAAGAAAACUCCAGCCACGAAGAAACAGGCAUCUUCAAGUGAAGAUAGUUCUUCUGAAGAAGAGGAAGCAAUUAAAACCCCAGCAAAGCCACCAGUCAAACUUCCCGGUAAGGGAACGCCGGCUCCUAUUGCUAAGAAGGCGGAAACGAGCGACAGCGAGUCGGACUCCGAUGAAUCAGUGGAAGCAAAGCCAGCAACAAAGACAGUUCCGGCUAAAAGUACCCCUGCUGCAAAAAAAGCUCCAGUGCGCAAAGAAGAAUCAUCUGAUAGCAGUUCAGAGGAGGAUGAAGAGGAAUCCAAACCAGCUGUUGUAAAGAAAUCGGCUCCAGUAAAAGCGGCCGUGGCUGGAAAGAAAGCUGACUCAUCGGACGAUUCGAGCUCUGAAGAAGAAGCACCAGCGGUGAAACCACUUGUCACCAAAAAGUCGGUUACAGCUGUAGCGAAAAAGCAAGAAUCAAGUGAUGAUUCGUCUUCAGAGGAGGAGGAAGCUCCUAAAAAGCUUGUUGCAACCCCCGCUGGGAAACGAUCAGCUCCAGCCAAGAAGGAUGAAUCAUCGAGUGAAGAUUCAAGCGAAGAGGAGGACAAACCACCGGCAAAGAAACCAGCUGUGGCAGUGAAGCCCGCCCAGAAGAAGCCGAAAGAAUCAUCCAGUGAAGAAGAUUCCGAUGAGGAACCGGAGGAGAAACCAGCUGCUAAGAAAACAGCCGUUGCGAAGCCAGCCAAGAGAAAGGCAAAUGAAGAUGAGGACGAAGAAGAUGAGGAAGACGAUGCUGAAGAGGAAGAGCAGCAGCCACCUGCAAAGAAAGCCAAUUACAGCAACUUCGUCAAAGCCGGUGAAGGAAAUCGGAAUAAGCCCGAAGAAAAGAAACGAAAAACUCCUGCCAAAACACCGGUAAAACCACAAACCAAAACCCCUGCGAAGACUCCCGUAAAACCCAAGCCGGCUGCAUCUGAGGAAUCAAGCAGCGAUUCCUCGUCGGAGGAAGAAGCAACAGCUCCCGUUAAGACUCCAGUAAAAGCUACACCAGCAAAGACAGCAAAGAAAACUCCAGCCACAAAGAAACAGGCAUCUUCUAGCGAAGAAAGUUCUUCUGAAGAAGAGGAAAAAAAUAAAACCCCAGCCAAGUCACUAACCAAACUACCUGCCAAGGGAACGCUGGUUCCUGUAGCUAAAAAAACGGAAACGAGUGACAGCGAGUCUGACUCCGAUGAAUCAGUGGAAGUAAAGCCAGCAACAAAGUCAGUUCCAGUUAAAAGUACCCCUGUUGCUAAAAAAGCUCCAGUGCGGAAAGAAGAAUCAUCUGAUAGUAGUUCAGACGAUGAUGAAGAGGAAUCCAAACCAGCUGUAGUAAAAAAAUCGGCGCCGGUAAAAACGGCCGUGGCUGGGAAGAAAGAUGAAUCAUCGGACUAUUCAAGCUCCGAAGAAGAAGCGCCAGCAGUGAAGUCAGCCAAGAGAAAAACAAAUGAAGAUGAGGAAGACGACGCUGAAGAGGAAGAGCAGCAACCAUCUGCAAAAAAAGCAAAUUAUAGCAACUUUGUCAAGGCGGGUGAAGGAAAUAAGAAUAAGAUACUAACGUUACUUAUUUUCUGUAUUGAAAUCACACGAGCAGCACAGUCGCUAUGGCCGAAUCUACAGGCAGAGAAAUGUUCCAGCGGCGGAAACCUGAAGUACAUCUCCGGUAAUGCUCUGACAGACAGUCCGAACUGCCUAGGGCCAAACAAUGCUCCAUACCCUAGCAGCGUAGUGACGCGGACGUUCUCCAACUGGAAUCCCAGCGGAACGUCCCGACGGGGGAGAAUGAGCCAAAUGCCCGUUCUAGACCCGAAAGUGAUGCAGCAAACAUUGAUGCAAACAUACGGCGAUAUCAACGACGUAACGCAGAGCGAAGAUGUGCGAACACGAUAUAGUCGCUCGGUGGACAAUACGCAGCAGUGUCGUGACACUCCAUCGCGGUUGUGCAAAACCCGAUACAACACAACCGCGCCAAUGUACGGAGUGAGUCUCACGUCUGGCCAGCCUGUAACCAUUGUGCAAAAGUUUCCCGAUCUCCUACAGCAAGUGGUGUUUGAAGUGUGCGAAUCAUCUGAGUGCGACGUGGUACGGGGUGAAUGCACUCAAACAUACGUACCGUAUUUGUUCCUAGUGAUCCCGCUGGGACCAGUAACGCUGACUGGUCAGGAUUACGUCCUAGUCGAGAGUGGCUGUGUGUGCAAGCCAAAGUAUGCAACGGAAAAACCUCGCGAAUCUGGCGGGAACUUCAUACCUUGAAUAAGCGAUUGAAGCGACAAACUGAGACUAAAGAUCCCGAGUUCGACAAGAUGCAUGAUUGGAACUUUAGAGGCAACCGAAGCCCGAGUGUGAAUUGUAGCGAGUUUUUUUUUACAAUCGGUUUCUUUGAAACUAACGACACAGCUCAAUAGACGAUAGCUGUUAAAUGGAUAUUAAGCGAAACGAUACAAAAACUAGACAGACAAACGGUUCGAUCCUUUUUUUAUGAUCUUGAGCCUAUAGUUCAAAAAAUGAAUAAAAUAUGUUUUCAGUAGAAUGAAAAUGGCAUGAAUGAAUGAAACUGACUAUCGACGAAGAGUCUAGCUUUAAGAUUAUUUAAUUUGGUUUAAGGCUCAUUCAAAAAUUAAUUCAUUCGUUUAGAGGCGUCCAAGCUUCAAGUUAGUGAAGUCAAAAUGUACGAGAAGCGAAGGAUUUAACUUGUGAAUAAACCAUAAUCAAAAUAAUUACUAGUAAGGACAUCGUCUUUCCACCCCAAAUAAAUUAAUUAUCCCAGCUUAAUGUAAAUAUAUUUCCUCCUGUUUCAUAGCAUGAUACUACACCCUAAAAGUAGGAGAAGGAAUGACAAAUAUAUUUUUUGUCAUUUGACUAAUUUAUCGAUAACUUUUUUUUCGGAAGUCAAUUCCAGUUUAGGAUAUUCAAUGAAUCAGUAUAUAACGGUUGAAGAAUCAGAUAACUUUUUCUAAUACAGCUUCGCACUAUAUAAUAAGUUAUACGAGACAUGCGAAGAACUGGCAAAAAAUAACUUGUUCACUGUUUGAUGGUUUAAGACGAAAGAGAUCGUCUAGCUUUAUUAUUUUUCAUCUCUAAGCUUCUGUUGUAUUACAGCAUAUAGAAACUAUACUAUAAAUAUACUUAUAGAACAUGUUCGAAUUAUGGCAUCGAAAAAAGAUUCAGCGCAUUAGGUGAACACAUUAGUCUUUAAUUUGAGUAAUCUAUUAUUCAGUGCGUAUAGUGCGAAGAUGAUAUGAAUAUGACAGAUCAUAGUUCUUUUACAUAAAGUUUGGUCCAUGAUAGCAAACCAAUCCGAAUACCACGAAAUGUCAUGACAUUAAAUUGUCAUUUGACAUAAAUUUGACUCUCAAGCCGUAGAUUUCAGGUUCAUAGCAAUGUCACAAAAUCAUGAAUUGAAAAUGACUUUUGAAAAAAGUGCGCGAUGUAGUCAAACGACACAAAAUGACAUUUUUCAACACUGAGUAGGAGAACGUAAAUUGAUGAUCAUGUAUUACGUAUCGAGUUCUUAGUUAGUUUCGUCUCAGCAGAAAUCGUAUUAACAAAGAAGCGGUACGUAGGUAAUGAAAAUCAUCCCAUAAUAAUAUUUCAAUUCUUAAACAAGUGGGUAUUUUGCGCGAUGAAAAUUAUAUUUAUCUGUACGCUAAAACUACGAGUUCCUACCGAUUUUAACCUAUCGUUUCACUAUCUAUUAUGCAUUUGUUUAUGCAAAAAUUAAUAAUAAAUUAUUUAUUUUUAAUUAUACGAAGGUUUAAGUAA